AUGUCUUCCCGUUCAAGACAUCGUGAACAUAGGGACCAUCAUCACAGUCACAGGAGGACUCAUGGGCAGAAAAGAAUUAGACAAGAGUCACAAGAUUUAACACAACCAUGGGGGAAAAGAAUUAAACAAGAAAACUCGACUAAAAAUAGCAUGGUUGACUCAAAACCACCAGAAAAACCGAACUUUGAGACGUCAGGAAAGUUGACGGAAGACACAAACACAUUCAGAGGAGUAGUCAUCAAAUACAACGAGCCUCCAGAGGCACGAAGGCCAAAAAAAAGAUGGCGCUUCUACCCAUUCAAAGGCGAGGAAGCACUCCCCGUAAUGCAUCUACACAGGCAAUCUGCGUACCUAUUAGGCAGAGACAGACGGGUAGCAGACAUACCCGUGGACCACCCCAGCUGUUCAAAGCAACACGCAGUUUUGCAAUACAAACUACAGCCAUACAUAAAACCUGAUGGUUCAAAAAGCUCUCGUGUCAAACCUUACAUAAUCGAUCUUGGAUCUGCUAAUGGAACUUAUGUUAACAGUGCCCGUAUCGAAGCCAGGCGAUACGUGGAAUUGUUUGAGAAAGAUGUCCUGAAGUUUGGAUUUAGUAAAAGGGAUUAUGUGCUGCUUACUGAAAAUGCAGACACGUCUGAUCUGAAUGCCGAAGACGAUGGCAUUCAUGAUGGUGAAGCUGGAGAGGUCGAAAAUGAGGAUAAAUGA